AUGCAAGCAAAUCAAGUUGUGUGUUCAACAGAAAAAACAAGAUUGACGAUAUCAAAACCAAUGGGGACGGAGAUGUCUCAAAAUAAAGAUGUAAGAAUUGAAAUGCAGAGUAAUCAAUCGGAAAUGGCCGAUAACGUUAACUACAACUAUGCUCGGGAGUGGGAAUUCUGCAUUCAUUACAAUGAAACCAUCCAACUUUCAAAACGCAAACGACAAAUGGAGAAAGUACCCCCAUUGCUCUUAAAAGGAGAAAAAGGUGGAAGAAACCGCCAAUGCUACGAGCCAGCGGUGGUUUCACUUGGCCCUUACCACCAUAAACGAGAUGACCUCGCCGCAGCCGAGAAAUACAAGCUAAUAACCCUCGAGGAGUAUAGUUUGAGCUCCAAAAAGACCAUGGAUUCAUUAUACAAUAAAGUGUUUGAGGUAGUACAAGAUGCUAGAAAGUGCUAUGUCGAUGGUUCUACAGAUGAAUACAACGACAAUCAGUUUAAUCAAAUGAUGUUGCGUGAUGGUUGCUUCGUUUUGUUCUUUAUAGAUUGCAUUGCUAGCCGACCGAACACUAUGUUGAUGCUAAAUAAUGAGUAUUUAGGCGCAUUGGGCUUCAUGCACGUAGCUCGUGACAUUUUGUUGCUCGAGAACCAAAUCCCGUUUAUAGUACUCCAAGUUUUGUUGGAUUUGCGAUUCCCAAAAGAUAGAGGUGAAAGGAUCUUAAAUGAGUUCUUUAACUACUUGAACUAUGGUGAAAUAACCACGAGGGAAGAAAAAGUGCUUGAAAAGAAGCAACCUCUUCAUCUUCUCGAGCUUUACCGAUCCUAUUUCAUCUCGCUUUCCUCCUCUUUCGAUGUUCAUGCGAAUGCUAAUGCAAAAUCAAAUUAUGUAAAGCGAAAUCGAUCUUUUGCGUCAGUUACAGAACUCAAAGCUAAAGGUAUUUUCUUGAAACGUAUUAACGUCAAUGACGAGUCUUCUAACGAAGACAUCAGGUUUCACUCUCAUUGUUGCUAUGGCGAGCUUGAGCUUGUGCGUCGGGCGGUGUACUCGAAUUCAAAAGCUAUAUACUUGAAUAUGAUUGCUUACGAGUUGUGCCCUCAUAAUCCAAAUGACCUUCGAGUUUCUACUUACAUUCGAGUAAUGAAAUCGUUGGUUAUUCAUCGUGAUGACGUGAAGGAGUUACGAGAAAACAAGAUAUUGCUUCAUAGUCUUGGUCGAGAUGAAGAUGUGGUGAAGAUGUACGAUGAGAUUGAAACACUGGCAGUUAAUGUCCACAUGUUCAACCAGAUUCGACGAGGAAUUGAGAAGCAUUGUAAUAACAAGUAUAAGACGUGGGCGGCGGAGUUGAUUAACGUUUACUUUUGCAGUCCAUGGAAGACAGUAGCUUUGUUGGUGGCUACUGCUAUUCUGUUCACUAGUUUUCUGCAAACUUACUUCGCCAUCAGGCCACCUCCAGAUGAAUCCAGUGGAGAUAUGCUCGAGCUUUUGAGACAUUGCGUACACUCUAAGCCUCCUUCUGCACCUACUUGAUCGAAAGGUGUUCAUGUCACACCGAAUGACCACCGCACCAUGUUGCACACUCGAGUUAAGAACGUAAAAAGUAUGAGAUAUUUUUACUUAGAGCUUAUCUAUAACACGUUAUAACUAGUGUUAUAUAUGUUCGAUGGGUUGACAGACACAACAAGAAAAGACACCUUUAGGGACGAUAAAAAGCGUCGCUAAUAGUCAAGAAAGUCGCCCCUAAAGGUAUUAGGGACGACAUGUCGUCUCAAUUGGGUCGUUGCAAAUACCUCGUAGCUAAUACUCCAAAGUCGUCCCUAAAGCUUAUAUUUCUUGUUGUGAGAUGUAAAAGAAAUAGAUUGAUUUUACUUUGUUAUAUAAUCCUUAUUUAAUUUGUUCCCA